AUGGCUUCCAAUGAAGAAAGACCGAUAUGUCGUCUAUCUCAUCCAACUCAACCUCACAGCCUCUCCCGUAGAGCCGGAAAAGUCCCUCCAUCGGGUUGCUUCGCGUGCGACAAAGAUGAAUUCUCACCAGCUUCUACGUUCCAUUACUGUUGCACCACUUGUGAUGUGGAGUUUCACGAAUUUUGUCACCGUUAUCCAAAGAAGCUCACACACCCUUAUCACCUCCAACAUCCUCUCACUCUCUCAACUCAAAACACUGAAAUAGAGAUCAAACCUGGUUACAUAUUCAAGGAAUGUAAUUGGUGUGGAGAUGACUUGAGAGAUGGAUCUCAAUUCUAUCGGUGCUUGAUAUGCAACUUUUGCUUGGAUCUUUCUUGUUCCCAAAACAUUCCAACUCUCACUAUCACAAAUCCCAAAAGUCAUCACCAUUCACUCUCUUUAUUCCCUUGGCCACUCUUAUUCCCAUGUGAAGCUUGUGGGCUGAUUAGUUUGUUGGAACCAAGCUAUGCUUGUUUCCAAUGUAACUAUAUGGUUCAUGAGAGUUGCAUCGACUUGCCCCGUGUCGUAAAAAUCACACGUCACCCGCAUCGUCUCUCUCACACUCCUUUCCUUCCGGCCACAACUUUGUUAUGCAAAGUUUGUUACAAGAAGGUCGACAUCAAAUAUGGCCAGUAUUCUUGCAACCAGGAAAGUUGCUCUUACGUAGCGCAUUCAAAAUGUGCAACUCAUAUGCAUGUUUGGGACGGGAGAGAACUUGAAUGGGAACCAGAAGAAGAUGAAGAUGAAGAUGUUGCUUCAUUCAAGAGAGUAGGUGAUGAUAUGAUAAAAUAUUUUUGUCAUGAACAUCAUCUAAAGCUUGAGAAGUAUGAUAGUGUUAGAGACGCAAAGAAACAAUGUGAAGCUUGCAUCCUACGUAUCGACUCUUAUGAUUUCUACAACUGUAAGCAAUGUGAGUUCUCUCUUCACGAGGAAUGUGCAGAUCUUCCUCGAAAGUUGGCUCAUGCACUGCAUAGACAUCCUCUUGUCCUAGAGACUUCUCCUAUACUCGACUACAAUUCCGCAGGUUGUUCAACUUGUGCCCGCGAGUCCACUGGUUUCAGGUACAAAUGCUCAAGAAAUGAUUGUGACAAUGAGAUUCAGAUUGAUGUUCGAUGCGUUUUAGUUCCUGACUGCUUCAUUCACAAAAGUCAUGAACAUCCUUUAUUCAUCUCCACAUCUUAUUCAAGAAAAGGUAACAUUUCUUGCAAUGGUUGCAAAGAUAGUGUUCGUGAUGAGUAUUAUCUGCAAUGUACUAUAUGUGCAUUUGCUAUGUGUUAUCGAUGCGCUACAAUCCCGGAUGAGAUACACUACAAAUACGAUGCACAUCCGCUCUCGCUUUGCUACGGAGAAGGUGAAGAGAAAGAAGCAUAUUGGUGUGAAGUUUGUGAGAAAGAAGUGAAUCCAAGAGAAUGGUUCUACAAAUGCAACAAAUGUUGCAUCACUAUCCACCUUGAGUGUAUAUUCGGAUCCUCCGUUUAUAUCAAGCCAGGUUACACGUUCUACUUCGGCUCUGAAUCAAUGAAAAUUAUUGGCAAUAGUAGUAAUACUCGGCCGAUUUGUUUUAAGUGUGAUCAUCGUUGCCCACAUUCCGUGUACUACAAGUUGUUUGAGAAGGAUUUUUGUUCUUGGUUUUGUGUUUGGACAUCUGACAUAGAAAAUUGUAAUAACUCCGAAUCAGAAUAA